ACGAGAGCGAUGAGGAGGAGCAAGAGGAAUCCGAUGACGAUUCGGUUAUAAUAUUCACAGAAACGCCCCCUGAUGCGGACUGCAUGGCAGCCUUCCCUACGGAGGAAGUCAUCCAGUACACCUCUGACGAGGUAAGCUACGCCUCCUCAUACUCUUUCCCCCAGACCCCCUUCCAGUUGGAUUACUCAUUCUGGCCUAACGUUAGGCACUACCUUAAAUCCAGCUUUUCGAAACCGAGAGUCUCUGAUCCGAUGUGCACGCUGUGCAGGCAGCGCAUGCACAUCCCACACCUAUCCCCCUACCUCAACAAAGGGGGUAGCAAUGUUGCCGACCCCAAUCUGCAAGCAGUAGUACUGCCCUGCGGGCACAUCUACCAUUCUGACUGCUUCGACAAGCUGGACCACUCGUACGAGGAGCGCAGCCGAUACACAAUGUGCCCGACCUGAAACUUGCAGAUGAGGUACACCCACCCCAACGUCUGCACGCAUCGGCUGCAAGCACUCAAUCUCGGCGACGACUCCAACCCAGCGCCAGUGCCGCUUACCAUCCCUGAGGGCGGCGCCAUGCCAUUUGGCUGCCCGACCUGCCGGGUUGGGCUGGCUAACCAUUAUCUGCAGCAAAUUCAAUGCGUCCUUGUCGAACCGACCUCGGUGAUGAUGAACGAUCCCUGGGCUGGGCCGGAGCCGGAGUUUGUGCACUGCUGGAACAACAGGGCUGCCUUUGCCGGGUCGCUCGUGAAUAGCUUCCGGGCGAUGCUCUGGGCUGAAGGGGAGGUGGAGCAGAGCAGGCCGACCUGGGCAGGGCCGUGGAGGGUUCCGGAUUACCCUGGGCAGGAUGAAGACCUCGGUCGGGCUUAUACCGCCGGACUGCCAUAUGCCCUGGCGCGCUGGCUGUGCCUAUGCCGCAGCCACGGCAGCAUGAUGAUGUGCUGAGGGAAGGGGAAG